UCGAUCAAUUGCUCAAUCGCAUAACACAGACAUGGCCUACCGUACUUUAGACAUCACAAUUAUAUCCGCCGAAGGACUCGAUGAUGUGAAUCUUGUGACCAAGAUGGACGUCUACGUGGUGGCGUCGAUCUCCAGCGUCCGGAAACUGACCCCCGCCGACAAGCACGGCGGAACAAAACCCAAACCUCCUCGCCGGCAACACCACCUCCGAUUGAAAUUCUCGUACAAGUACGAUGGGAAGUUUACUCCGCCGCAUACGGCGGCGCCGGCGAAGGGUCAGGAGCCUGUGACGGUGCAUCCACCAAAUAUCGGUGUGAGCACCACGGUCGCGCAGCCUGCUGGGGUGGCGAUGGCGUAUCCACGGCCACCUUAUACUUAUCCGCUGCAGCAAGCGGGACGGGCGCGGGGGGGGGGGGGGGGGGGGGGGGGGGGUGUUCGAUAUCCGCCACCGCCGCAGGCAUAUCCGGUGCCGGCGAUGGCGGGAUAUGGGUAUCCACAACCACAAGUGGAGAAACCUAAGAAAAAAAAGGAUAAGUUUGGGACGGGAUUUGGAGCUGGUUUGAUCGGAGGGUUGAUUGUCGGAGAUAUGGUGUCAGAUAUCGGUGAUGCUGGGUAUGAAGAUGGCUUUGAUGACGUUGCUUUUGAUAUGUAAUCUGUUUUGAUCUUUUAUUUGUAGAUAAUUUUAUGUUGUGAAUUGGUUUUUAGGUUUGAUAUGAUGAAUUUUUGUGAUUUAGUUAAUUUUUAGAAUUUUAGAAGUACCUUUUUGGCAUUAUUUUGUGCUAAAAACAUCAUUCACUUUAUCCAGUUACAUCCAUUUGUUGUUU